GGGCUCUGCAAGGGCUCCGCAGCCUGGUCCGGGACAAAGAAAAGAGCUUUUGUUUCUCUCCAGCCGGUGGGGCUUCUGCUGCAUAAAUCAGCUUAGCGAAGAGCCAAACACAAUCAAACCCAAACAAAGCCCAAAGCUGGGGGGGAAACCACCCUAAUGUACAUUCACUGGGUGAUGCUGGAUCUGUGGGAGGGGACGCCGGCGAGGUCGAGGGGAAAAAAGUCGAUGGCGCAUCAAUCAGCGCAGUUUCUUCCACAGGUGGGCAGGGAGGCCAACUUCACUAGCUGCAGCUUUGCAGCCUUGCCUGCGGAGCAGCGGGCAAAGACAAGUCGGCAGCGUCCUGGCUGGCGAGGGAGGAAGCUCGGGAUGCCAGCAACAGGGGGAGGCGACUCUGGGAGCUCCCUAGAAGCACCCGCCGACUCCCGCAGGCACAGAGCGAGGCAUCGCCGCUCCCUGCCUGGCGGGGAGUGGGGCCCGCGGCUGCGAGCGCAGGAGGGGAGGUUCCGCUGGGUGCCGGAGCCCGGCUACGCGGGGCGGGGGCUGCUUGCCCUUGUCCUGUCGGCCCCAGUGCGCGGCUCAGGCGUCCCGCAGUCCAGAGCCCGAGUUGCUGGCGCGCUCUGGGGUGCACACGGCGAGGAUGCAAGAGAGGCGAGGGCGGCGAUGGGCGGGAGAGGGGUGGUCCUGCUCUGGCCCCCCGGGGGGCUUCAGACCUGCGGGUAGCCCGGUAUACUCAGGGCAGAGAGUUGCUAGGAAACCUCCCCACGCUACCGGAGCGCCUCGGCUCGGCUGCCCGCAGGCGCGGCUGCAGCCCGGGCAGGAGCAGCAGUAACAGCUCGGAGCAGCGUGGGCGGGACAUUGGUGAGGCAUGAAGUCACCACGGCCCACACUCGCUCUUUGUUUUGCUCACUCCAGCUCUUUUUUUCCCCCCUUGGCUCUGAUAGUUGCCAUUCCCAUCGUUCACAAGAACUCCUGAAGCGUAGCCGCGCAACAGGAAUGGCACGCCUCGUUCCCUUCUCCCUCCUCCCCCGAAUCCUUGCACCCCAACGCUCGCGGGGGUGGUGGGAGACUCGCUCAGCGCCAGCAGCAGCUGCGAGCAAACCCCAAUCUCUCACCCCCGCGCUGCUCGCCGCUUUGUUCGGAGAUACUCACUGCCCCGCAGCUGCUGCAUACAAAGUGGAGUCAAGGGACCGCCCCUGCCCCCAACGCCCUCUACUCAGCACUUUGCUUGCAGUUAGGAGCUCGUCCUCUGCCCCACUACAAGGCUGCCCCGGUCUCCCUAGCCUUUGGAGAGUUGGACCAGUCUGCAGGGGCUGUUCCCGGAGCGACUGGCCGAGAUUUCUCGCUGCUCCUUCCCUACUCAAAACCUUAACCCUGGGCUGGACAGCCCUGUUUUUCCCCAGCGUCUGGUGGUGGCUCUGGGCUUUUGCAAGUUACAGUGGGUCUUUUGAUCUUAAGCGUCACCUUCCCAGUAAACGGAACAAAGAAGUUACAGACAGCAGCUAAGUGGGGAGAGGGGAGCUAAGGAGAGAAGGUGGGAGGCGUUUCUGCCUGCUUGCAGCUCAGAAAUUUAGGUGCAAGUAGGAUGCGGGUGUUAUGCUGGGCAACUGUCCGGGAAGCAGCGCGCCUCCUCGGGUCCUGUCAUUACCACUCUAAGUCGAGGGAGGGAACUCAGUCCCCCGCAUUGGAAACGAGGCAGUGUUUCCAGUUCAACACUGUGAUGGUUCUCUUUUCCCUCUAGGGGCAGGAGUGAUUCCCAGUCCAGAAGUUUGACCUCUUAUUUUAAUACAACACCCGCCUCUUACAGGCAACAGACCAGUCCAGCCAGGUCAACGUGAAAUAUGCGGGAGUUUCCCCCCUUCUUAUUUAAUAGUUUCCGUCUCCUUAUUUGUAGUUAAAAAAAAAAAAAAAGGUAGGAGGCGUGCUCUCUCUCUCUUUUUCUUUCUGUUGACUGAGUGAAUGGAAAGUACCUGGUUCAUAAACCACAACAUCGAAACUCCCCCUUUCAGGUGUGGACUGCACAGCGAGGUGCACAGAAUUAGUUAAGCAAACCAGGAACCCAGCUAGAAAAUUAAACGCGCCCUGGAUCUACAAAGCAGGUCCCUUCGAGAGACCAAAGCCGUGAUCCCAACCUUAGCAACAUAAUUCUACUACAGGUGUUGAUAUAUUAUAUAUACUAAUCCAGAAAAACCAUGUAGCAAGAGGAAUAAAAUGAAGUUCAGAAGUCUGUUUCGGGAAAUUUUGAAGCCCUUUAGAAAGAAAGAUUUCUACAUUUUGUUACGUGAAAUUCAUGCAAAUAUAUGUCAGGUGCCAGUGCUAUGGAGUUGUUGAAGAAGAAGCACAAUACCAUUUAUUACCACUUCUCAGUUGUAAAGAAGCUGUAACUCUGGUUGUUGAAAUAAAAUAAAAUGAAACAUCCUAGA